UAACACACAUUAAAUGCACAUUAUUAUCUAACACGGUGUGGUAUAAAACUAGCAUUUGCAGUGUUUCAGUUGUUAGUUUUUACGUGAACGCGAACUACGAAGGCGGUCAAAGUCAACUGAGAAAUGUAAGGUAACUUCCUUACUUUCAUCAUGAAUUUCUAUGACGACCCCAAUGCAUUCCAAAAAUUUUUAUCCGACAAAAGGUUAAUUGAUGACAUUUAUAAUUCGAUAAAACAAAAAGACAAAGGUGUAGCUGUUGUGACGGCUCUCGAAAUAUUGAUGAAAACAAAAAAACUUCCCGUGAUAAGGAAUGAUCCCAAACAUGAGGGUGUAUCAAUACAUUUCCGGAAGCUUGGUGACAAAGCCUGUGAGGAGGGAGAUUACAAGAAGGCAUUAUAUUUCUAUAAUGCGGCACUACGUAGAGCACCAAAAAAUUCCAAUGCUUUACUGGAAGCAUACUUUGGCAGAUCCAGUCUCUUGUUCCAUACUAAAAAUAACUACUGGCCAAAUUGCUCGAUUGAUAUUGAUAUUUGUCUUGCGCUUGACAACGGCGCCUAUGAGUCAAGACUUAAAGAAAUGAAAGCCGAAUGUCUAUUUGAUAAACAGUUACUAGAGUACGGUAACCCUUCACGGAAUACGUUUAUCGAAAAUUUCUUUACAAUUCAAGGAAAAACACAAAAACAAGUGCCAAGUGUGAGUGCGGCAGUUGAUUUCAUCAUCAAAGAUGGGCGGACCAAAAUCAUCGCCCAAAAAAACAUUCCCCUAGGAACACUGGUCGCACUUGAAACUGCGUAUGUUGGACUUUUGAAUCCAGAAAAUCAAAUCAGGGCUUGUCAUUACUGUCAUGCGUUCUCGUUAAAUUUGAUUCCAUGUGACAACUGUAACUACGCGUUAUUCUGCAACGAGGAAUGUAAAAGGCUUUGCUAUGAGGAGUAUCAUGACGUAGAAUGCCAUAUUAUUCACGUGUUUCAUGUAUUAUGUGCUCACAAUUUACUAUACUGGUUGUCUGUAAAAGCAGCAAUAAAACUAAAGAAAAAAUGCACCUGGGAGGAAUUCAAAAUUAUAUCCUCACACUUAGGGGUGAAAAAGAUGAAUUCCAGUUUAAUAAAUGAAGUAUAUGAUUUAAACAACAAACUAUCUAUUUUGAACGUCAAUACUGACAAGCAUUUCGUUUUUGGAACGACUUAUAAUGCGAUUUUUAUUUAUGCAACCAUCAUUCAUUAUUUAGAAAGCGUGCCAUCUUUUUUUCCUAGUGGUGAAGAAAAAGCUGACGCUAUACGGUCCCUGGGUAGGGUAUUGCUUCAUUUAAAUAUGACAAUGGGGACUGUAGCUAUAGAAACUUCACUUGUCAACAGUACCGCUCAUGACAAAAUAACAAAUGUCCCGGAGAAAAAUGUUGGUGUGUUUUCAUUUACAAGUAAACUGAAGCAUAGCUGCGAUUCUAAUUUGUAUGUGGUUGGGCUAAACAACAAAGUAGCUCUAAUUGCAUUGAAACCAAUCAAGCCCGGAGACGAGUUAACAAUAUCACACGUGGGUCACUGGUAUGAGCAUACGUACAAAAACCGUACGUUGCACCUGUUUACCAAAACACAAAUAAGGUGCCAGUGUGUUGUCUGUGUGGAAUGGGGAGAGAAAAAAUUGCGAAAUGCAAAAAUGAACAACCAGCAAAAAAAAUCAUACAACAAUUUUAAUUUCUUAAAAGCACAAUUGUUUUUGGAAUUCGCUGGCACGAACAGGAGAACAGAAACGCUAUAUAAAGAAUCUUGUAGCUGCCUCACUGCAUUCAGUGAUCAACCAAACACCAAAGAACAUUACGAACUUUUUCAAGAUUUUAAAGAGGCAAUAGAAUAUUUGCAAUGUAUAGCUACCAACAAUAAAACGCUUUUGGAACCAUUUCGUUACCCUGGAACCUACAUUUAACUAGUAUCCAAUUAUCGCUUUGUGAAGCGAAAUCGAUGUCAUGCAUUAAGAUAUUCUUAUUUAUCAACGAAUUUUAUAUAAUUUUACAUAACACGAAUUUUAUAAUAUAACAGUUAGUUGUCAAAGCAACUUGUUAAAUAUUAACUAAAUAUUGUCUUAUUAUUAAUUUUAUUUUAUGAAAUAAAUAUUGAGAAAAUUAA